AUGCCUCCAGCCACCGCCGCCGAGAGCGCGUCGCCAAUUGGCAUUGCUAAUCUGCCUAACCAGCGACACAAGAUUGUUGCGAAGAGAGGUGCAGCUUUCACUAUUAUGGUUGCCGGUGAAUCUGGUUUGGGCAAGACCACUUUCAUCAACACUCUUUUCUCCACGACCAUCAAGAACUAUGCCGAUCACAAGCGACGACAUCAGAAGCAGGUUGACAAGACCGUCGAAAUCGAGAUUACCAAGGCUGAACUAGAGGAGAAGUUCUUCAAAGUUCGCCUAACUGUCAUUGACACACCUGGCUUCGGCGACUACGUGAACAACCGAGAUUCAUGGAUGCCCAUCAUUGAGUUCCUUGAUGACCAGCAUGAGUCUUAUAUGCUCCAGGAGCAACAACCCCGCCGCCAGGACAAGAUCGACCUCCGUGUCCACGCUUGCUUGUACUUCAUUAGACCCACUGGCCACACCUUAAAGCCUCUGGAUAUUGAGGUCAUGAAGAGACUCUGCUCAAGAGUUAACCUGAUCCCCGUUAUUGCCAAGGCUGAUACUCUGAGCCCCGUUGACCUUGCCAAAUUCAAGGCUAAGAUCCGUGCUGUCAUUGAGGCCCAGAGCAUUAAGAUCUACCAGCCACCGAUCGAGGAGGACGAUGAGGCUGCUGCCCAGCACGCACGUAGUCUCAUGGCCGCCAUGCCUUUCGCUGUUAUCGGCUCGGAGAAGGACGUCAAGACGGGCGAUGGUCGUAUCGUGAAGGGCCGUCAGUACUCAUGGGGUGUUGCCGAAGUCGAAAACGAGGACCACUGCGACUUCAAGAAGCUACGUUCGAUCUUAAUCCGCACUCACAUGCUUGACCUCAUCCACACGACCGAGGAGUUGCACUACGAAGCGUACCGAGCUCAACAGAUGGAGACCCGGAAGUUCGGCGAGGCCCGCCCCCGCAAGCUGGACAACCCCAAGUACAAGGAGGAGGAAGAGGCCCUUCGCAAGCGCUUUACCGAGCAGGUCAAGGUCGAGGAGCAGCGAUUCCGACAAUGGGAGCAGAAGCUCAUCGCCGAACGUGACCGCCUUAACAAGGAUCUCGAGCAGACCCACGCUCAGAUCAAGCAGCUCGAGAAUGAACUCGAGCAAAUGCAAGGCAGCCUUGCUCGUAGCGGCCGCCGCUAA